GUCUCCCUGCCGGCCCGGCACGACUCCGUCUCCAGGCUGCGGACAGACUGCACUCCCGGUGUCAUCUCGUUGUGUUAAUUUCCAACUCGGAUACAAAUGAUGACCGUACUACGUGUGGUUCUUGCAUCCGUCGCCGCGGUCUCUACGGCCCACAUCUCCCCACCAGCGUCCUGCCAGGGUCACGAGUACUCCUCCUCGGAUGAUGGCCAGUGCUGCCCGCUCUGCCUAGAAGGAAUGAAAGUUAACAAAGACUGCACCGAAUACAAGGGCACGCGGUGCGGCCAUUGUGAGACGGGCACCUUCAUGAACAAACCCAACGGUCUAAAAGAGUGUCGUCCCUGCACUUCCUGCAACCAGGGUGACGGUCUCCUCGUCAAGCAGGAGUGUACAAACACAUCUGACACGGUCUGUGACGCUUUAAGCGGUUAUUUCUGCAGAAAUUACUCAGACGAUACAGGUUGCAGUUUGGCCAGCAAACACUCACGAUGUGCAGCUGGACAGAGAAUAAAAGACCAUGGAACGGCCAGACGUGACACAGUGUGUGAAGAUUGUCAGCAGGGGUAUUUUUCUGUGGAUGGCGUGAACUGCACCCUCUGGACCAGAUGCUCUGAAACUCAAAGAAAGGUCAAAGAUGGAGGCUCGACCAGUGAUGUCGUCUGCGGGACUGAAUCAAGAAGCCAUUAUGUUUUAUUUGUACCUUUUAGCCUUUUCUCAAUUGCAGUUGUGUUUGUGGUCGUGAUGAUUGUGAGGGGCCGAGUUGGUCCGAGUUGGUUGAAGCAUAACCCAACUUUUAGCACAGCUGACCCAAACUAACGUAACAAAUCUGCAGGUGUGCAUUGCUGCUGUUUUAUGUUUGUGUAUUGUUGUUUUUUUUUGUGAUCAAAUGUUUUUAUUUAUCUUUCAUGAUUUUCUUAUUAUAAACGGUGGCAUGCACAAUGAUGCCAAACAAACAUUAACACAUAUUUUCCUCCCUUCCAAACCCACCCCUUGGACCUAAGCAUUCGGUGAAAACAAUUAAUAAUUAAUAAUAAGAAAAACCAAAAAAAAGAUAAUACAACAAUAAAAAACAAACAAAAAGAAACGACAAAACAAAAACAAAGGCAAAACAUAAUAAUAUCAAAAACUGGACAAGGAUAGCUGCAACAAGGUAGUCUAUAUCAAUUUUAAAUACGUCUUUCAAGUUUGGCUUUAAUUUGAUCUGCUGCCAUAUACCAAAAUAAAAUAUUUUGUUGUUUUUUAUCAUGGAUUCGGGCUGUAGAUAUUUCCAGAUAGAUAAUAUCAAGAAAAGUCAAAUACUAAUGGGAGAUGUUAAGCGUGUGUGGUGGUUUCCAUUUUACUGCAAUUAUCUUUUUUGCUGCUUAGGCCAGCAAGCAAGAUUUGUUUUUGACAUAGUGAAGCAUUGAUUGUGGAUAAAUUAUUUAAAAUAAGUGUUUGAGGGUUUACUGGAAUAUUCUGUACUGUUAUCAAGGAUAAUGCAGUUGCAGUUAUUUAAAUGCCGAGCCACAGCAAUGGAUUGUAGCCGUAAAAUAAAUAUAUAUAGUAUUUCACCAAUGAAUAGUCCGGGGGUUUAAUUACCAAAAUCAACUUUAAAGAACCAGGCAUUACUCCAGCACUUUAAAACCAACAUGUUGUACAUUUUUAAUUUUAAUAUUAUUUGUUCUUUUGUAUUACACCAUGCACCACAAUAAAUUCCUGUGUAAGAGCCAUUUUUUAUGUUGUGCAGGUCUUUGUUCUUCCACUAGGGUGCAGUAUUAUUUCAGUUACUUUCUUUUACCCCAACCCUUGCCCCAGCUGCUGUUGAUCAGAAGUGUUGAUUAGUUUGAGGUGAGUGGUGGUGGGAGACACACAGUUUUUACACGGCAGCCAGAGAGACAAUAGAAACCCUUUUUUGUUCUGUCAAUUUAUCUUUUUGUUCAAAUAAACAGGAACCUCAGCCAAAGAUAUUACUUUUGCAACCUUUCCUUUUUAUUCACUGGAGUGGAGUAAAGAACAAACCAUCCAAGUUUAGUUUUUUGAGUAGUCACACCUUGUGUCUGUUAAACUAUUUGGCAAUAAACAUCUUUCUGCUUCUGAUUCUGAUUCAGUUAUUUACUGCCUUUAUUUUUACACAGACCUGCACCAGGACAUUAUUGUGAGGAGAGUUACCGUCCAAUAUAUUUUUUACUACA